GUGGAAGCCAGCUCCCUUCGGCUCCCAAGAGGCCAUCUGAGCACUCCAGGACAGUGAAAGUUGCUUUGAGUGGGGGGGAAAGGUUGGAGGGUGCCAAAACUGGGUGGGGGUAGAGGAGCCCCAGAGCUUCCUGGAUCCUGAAGAGGGGGGGCAUUGGAGGGGGUGCCCAGGUGGGGGCCACGCCCUCAUCCUGAGCUGGGGGAGAUUGCUUUACCCACCGAGUCACCCUAGAGGAGAGGCUGAACCUGGAGUAAGGUGUUGGCCGCCCAGCUAUGGAAGAGGCUGAAUCCAGUGAGCGGAGCCUGCUCUUGGGGGGCAGCGCUCGGUCCCCCGCCACCUCGCCCACAGCCAACCUGUUCCAUGGGCGGCGCUUGGCGUGUGCUGCGGUGCUCCUGGCCGAGCUCCUGGAGCGGGUGGCCUUCUACGGCAUCACCUCGAACCUGGUGCUCUUCCUCAACGGCAUCCCCUACAACUGGGAGGGGGCCCAAGCCAGCCAAGCCCUGCUCCUCUUCAUGGGCAUCACUUACCUGGUCUCCCCCUUCGGGGGCUGGCUGGCCGACGCCCUGCUGGGCAAGUUCCCCACCAUCUUGGUCAGCAUGGCGGUCUACCUGCUGGGCAUGCUGGCCUUCCCCGCCAUGGCCGUCUCGUCCACCCGGCGGUGGCUCUGCGGGGAGCUCCAUCCGUGGCCCAUUGAGAACUGCUCAUCGCCUCUGGAGAGUAACGCCACGUCUGCCCCGUGCCCGUCCCAAGGACCCACGCGGUACUGUCUCGUGGCCUCCUUUGUCGGCUUGGUGCUGGUUGGGCUGAGCGUGGGCUCCGUCAAGGCCAACAUCACCCCCUUCGGAGCUGAUCAGGUGAAGGACCAAGGUCCAGAAGCCACCCGGCGUUUCUUUAACUGGUUUUACUGGAGCAUUAAUUUGGGAGCCAUCCUCUCCCUCGGAGGCAUCGCCUACAUCCAACAGAACGUCGAUUUCGCCAUCGGCUACAUCAUCCCGACGGUUUGCAUCGGCGUCUCCUUCGUGGUCUUCCUGUGUAGCCAGAGUGUGUUCAUCACCAAGCCGCCUGAUGGCAGCGCCUUCACCGACAUGUUCAGGAUCCUGGCUUAUUCUUGCUGCAGCCGAAAACAGCCGGCGCAGCUUUCCAGCUACAGGGGCACUCAAGGGGUACUUCCCCAGCAUCAGCCUUCCAAAGACAGCCUUUUCGAGGCGGCCAAAGCCUCUCACGGGGGUCCUUUCCGAGAAGACAAAGUGGAAGACGUGAAAGCCUUAGUCAAAAUCAUCCCGGUCUUCUUGGCUCUCAUUCCGUACUGGACCGUCUAUUUUCAGAUGCAGACCACGUACGUCCUCCAAAGCCUCCAUCUGAGAAUUCCACAGUUUUCCAACAGCGUGUCGAACAGCACCAUGAAAGCCCACACGUUCCCUGCAGCUUGGCUGACCAUGUUUGAUGCUGUGCUGAUCCUCAUCCUCAUCCCACUGAAAGACAAAGUGGUAGACCCCAUCUUGAAAAGGAAGGGCCUCCUUCCCUCAUCGCUGAAGAGAAUCGCAUUUGGGAUGUUCUUCGUCAUGUGCUCUGCGUUUGCUGCAGGAAUAUUGGAAAGUGAUCGGCUGAAGAGGGUAAAGACCAAAAUCAUUGAUCAGAAGAUUGGGACAGCAACGUACCAUGCAGCCGACAUGUCCGUCUGGUGGCAGGUCCCUCAGUAUAUUCUGAUCGGAAUCAGUGAAAUCUUAGCAAGCAUCGCAGGUUUGGAAUUUGCCUACUCUGCUGCUCCCAAAUCGAUGCAGAGUGCAAUUAUGGGUCUCUUCUUCUUUUUUUCUGGAAUUGGGUCUUUCGUGGGCUCCGGACUCCUGGAAUUGGUGUCUCUCAAAUCAAUCGGUUGGAUGAGUAACCACACAGAUUUAGGUAACAUCAACGGUUGCCAUUUAAACUAUUACUUUUUCCUGCUGGCUGUGAUCCAAGGCAUCACCCUUUUGCUUUUCCUAAUUGUGUCUGUCAAAUACGACCGUCAGAGGUCCAGGACUAACACAGCUGCUCUCAGCGGACGGACUUGAUGUGAGCCGGAACAGAAGACGCCGUCCCUUGGGGUCGGGAGAUGUUUCCGAUCGAGCUGGGAACGCUGUUUCGGAGGGGCAUUUUCUUUUGACUUGCAUGAUGACAUGGACUUCUGGUCUGGUCUUCUCCCUGCUCUUAUUUCCCUGCUAAAGCAAAGAGUGCCUUAGGCUAGUGAGCUAAUUUCUCGGGCUGCAUCCAAAGGCACAGCAUGGAUUUUUUUCCUCUCCAGGCGUUCUGCGUUCCAGUUUUAAGGUGCCCACCUUUAUCUGACGCUUUUUCCUCCAAUCUGAAAAUAGCCUUUGAAAACCAAAGUAACAAACUCUCAACCCAGAAGCAUUUCUACAUCUCUUCUUUCAGUGUGGCAGACGGGCAGAACGGCUGUUCCGUGCAUCGGAUGCAUGGAGGCAUGGUGUGCUCUUUGCGCAAUGACGUCACUGGGCACAUUUCGACAUUUGUGCCCCUCCGGCCUCUCGCCUUGAACACGACUGAGUCUUUCACCCAAAACGUGGAAGGAAAGGAAUGAGAAUGCGCAUUGGGGUUCCUUGUCUCUUUUUCUGAAAAAAGAACUUUUUUUUUUAGUGGCUAAAUAGGAGGGUUGGAAAAUAUCCUGUAUCAAGUGGUGUGUAGGGGUAGGGUAGGGGUGUCAGGGAAGUCUCUUAGAUUUGGGAAUGAUUUGGGUGGGUGGGUAGGUGGGGAAAAUAUUCAUUUCUCCACUGGAUGAAUGUCUAGGUUAGAUAUUCUUAGGCAAUGACGGAACUACAACUUGUGUUUGUUAAUUGCUAUGGAGCAACGUUUCCCCUUCCUCGCAUAUGCACACACGCUCCUGAUGGGUAGAACUCCCAAACUCCACCAACAUUCUAACUUUAUGGCUGGGGAUCAUAGGUCUUUUAGUCCAACACAUGGAGAGGCCUAGUUGGACAAGGCUGCUAUAAAGGAUAUUUUUUAAAGCAGCUAUAGGUUUUGGGAUCGGAGGAAGUUUGAUUUGGUUUGGUGAUAUGUUAGCAAUCAUUUUGGAGUGUGAAACUGAUUUGGCAUCAGAAUUUUACCUGCCUGCCUCCAUCUAUCUUUCUUCCUUUCUUCCUCUGUCUCCCU